AAACAAGGACGAUUUUGUUUUAUACAACACUUUCGAGGCCAUUCAUUGGCGCUCUUCUGGUGUCAAUCAAACGUGGGCGGUGUCAGCUGACAAAUGAUACUUCCAGUAAAUCCUCACAUGCUGUACAACACAGAGAGUCAACAGGCUGUGCGCGCGGAACAUCACUACUACGGCACAACAAAAACAAAGCAGCGGGUCCACACACUUUGCUCUCCGCCGGAAAGGGAUUCUUAAAAGUAUACUUUUUGUUAUUCUUCUAACCGUUUUUGUUGUCGUUUUCUUACCCCGGCUUGGGAUGUGACUUUCAGCCCAGACUUUGCGCCCAGGCGGAGCACAGCCUUUCCCGGACACAUCGGUCUUGCUCGCACACUUCUAAGGCCAAAGUUACGACUUUCUGAGCGGCAAAAAAGGUUCGUCACACUUACAUGACAUUUUAACACUCGCCUCCGUCACCUCUCGACCAUGGCGGAAGCGGCCCAGCAGCCACACCUGGUGGAAAUCGACCCGGAUUUCGAGCCCCUGUCGCGGCCCCGGUCGUGCACUUGGCCUUUGCCCCGGCCGGAGUUCAUCAACCCGGGCGACUCCAACACGUCCUCGCCGGUGCCUUCCGUGAAGCAGGAGCCCACCGGCAACGACUUCAUCAACAACCUGAGCCUGCUGGAGGAGACCGAGGACUUCACGGAGCAGAAGCCCGUGAUCCUGUGCGCCGACUUCCAGUGUCGGGAGGACUGCGUCCACCAGCGACCUCCACAGCAGCAGCAGCAGCAGCAGCAGCAGCAGCAGCAACAUCACCACCAUCAUCCCCAGCAGCAGCAGCAGCAGAACCCCAACCCGCAACUAUCGCAUCAGCAGCAGCAGCAGCAGCAGCAGCAGCAGGUGUCUCUGCUCUCCUCCCCGGCGGGCUCGUCGUCCCCGUCGGCCGCGGCCGCAGCGGCCGCCGCUGCCCAGCGGAAGAGCAGCUCCUCCCGGCGAAACGCAUGGGGGAAUAUGUCAUAUGCAGACCUCAUAACCAAAGCCAUCGAGAGCUCUCCGGAGAACCGACUAACUCUGUCUCAGAUCUACGACUGGAUGGUGAAGAGCGUGCCUUAUUUCAAGGACAAGGGUGACAGCAACAGCUCCGCGGGCUGGAAGAACUCCAUCAGGCACAACCUGUCGCUGCACAGCCGCUUCAUCCGCGUCCAAAACGAGGGCACGGGGAAGAGUUCGUGGUGGAUGCUUAAUCCGGAGGGCGGCAAGAGCGGCAAGUCCCCGCGACGCAGGGCGGCCUCCAUGGACAACAACAGCAAGUUCACCAAGAGCAGAGGCAGAGCAGCUAAGAAAAAGCUGUCCCUGCAAGGCGGCCCUGACGGAGGGGCAGACAGCCCGGGUUCCUACUCCAAGUGGCCUGGCAGCCCCAACUCCCACAGCAACGAUGACUUUGACGCGUGGAACAGCUUCCGGCCUCGGACCAGCUCCAACGCCAGCACUCUGAGCGGCCGGCUCUCGCCCUUCAUGCCCGAAGACGACCUCGGGGAGGCCGACGUGCACAUGGGCUACCCGGGGGCUCCCGGGGCAAAGAUGACAGCCACCCUGCCCAGUCUCACAGAGAUGACAGGCUCUCUGCGACACGGUUCUGAGAACGUCAUGGAGAACCUUUUGGACAACCUGAACUUGCUCUCGCCCAACAACCCCCAGGUCGGGGGACGCGCGACGACCCCCGGCUCCUCCCAGUCCUCUCCGUCUCCUAUGAUGCAGCCGAGCCCCGGGUACCCCGCCUACAGCUCUCCGAGCAUGGGCGCGCCGCCUCAGCAGGAGUACCUGAAGUGCGUGUAUGGCCAGGCAGGGAUGAACACCCUGUCGUCCAUGCCGCUGCAGACACUGGCGGAGAGCAAGCCCAGCUUCGGGCCCGGUAUGGGCCAGUACAGCUGCCCCGCGGGUCUUCUGAAGGAGCUGCUGACAUCGGACACAGACCAGCACGGCGAGCUCAUGCCGUCGGUGGACACGGUGCCGUCCCAGUCCGGCGGCGUCUGCAUGCUGCCGCCGUACAGCGGCAGCCAGCAUGCGGCGGCCAAACUCAUGGGCGGAGGGAACGCCCACCCGCACGCCCUCGCUCACACUCACCUGCGCAACGUCCACGGCCAGGCCCCGGUCACGUCCCCGGCCAUGAGCGGCCGCUUGCUCAUGUCGCUGAGCCACAACGGGGGGCACAGCGGGGGCCACAACGGGGGGCCCGCGCGUUUGCCUGCAGUCAAAAGCCCCAUGCAGAUGGCGUACGGCCUCUCCAGCCACCUCAGUGCAGGAGGCAUGCCUGGUGGCUUCUGCCCUCUCAACACCAACGGAUACGGCCGGCCAGGCCUGCAGCAGCCCUUGCACCCGGAGAAGCUGCCCAGCGACUUGGACGACAUGUCCAUCGAGAAGUUUGAGUUUGACAUGGAGACGGUCCUUCACGACACUCUGAUGGACGGGGACUCCCUGGACUUCAACUUUGAGCCAAUCAUGACCCAACAAGGUUUUUCCCAUGGAGUGAAGAGCACUACGCACAGCUGGGUGUCAGGGUAGAAGCUGUACUGCUGUUGCUGUUUGGUAAAAAAAAAAAAAAAAAAACACACACAAUCAGAACUCAUUUGAGACAAAAAAGUGUCUCUUUGGAUCCUCAAGCCAACUGCAACACCUGCAGUCCAUGUACCAUCCACCCACGGGUUCAAAAACACCUUUUCGGGAACACUUCAGCAGACUGAGACUGGUCAUGAUGAGCUGAGGACGCAUCUCCAUUAGAACCCCUGAACUGGUGGAGAUUCAAUUUGAAUCAUCUUUGAAAUAUCAAAUAAUUUGUACAAACUAAGUGCCAAACAAUUUGCCUUAACUAAGAGACAAACGGAAUCACAUCUGUCUGGUUUACUUUUGCAAGUGACACUGCCAACUACAUCGCAUCAUCAUCAGCAGCAGCAGCAGCAGCAGCAGCACAAUCUCUAGAGGUGCGCCAACUCAGACCAUGAUGUUUACCGUGUGUCCACAAUCAACAUGUUUGUAUGUACAGUGUAGUGAUAAUUGAUUACCACUACGGAAGCAUUAUGAAGGUAAUCUGGCUCAUGGGUUCGUGAACUGACAUUAUGUAAAGUGAGAGACUUCUCAAGGGAUCCUCGGAUCAUGUUACAUGGUAACUCACUUUGUUAUUGCCUGACAUGUACAUAGCGCCAUCAUACAGGUUGUAAAAUCAGGCCUCUUAGCGUAUUUUCUAAGACUGUAAAUAGUGUUUACAGAGCGGAAGCAAAGGUCGAGGCAGCAGAAGUGAGCCCACGCCGUAAACUGGAUCCGAUUCUUUUGAGACACACGUCAAGUGGACAAAUCUGUGCUUUAGGUUGUUCUUCUCAAUCAGGCUGUAAAAUUGUAACCCAUGUUCUGAUUUCUUGUACAUACAUUAAGAAUGUAUUUUAAAAUGAUGUAGUAGAUGUUUACUGGAUUUAGUAUAUAUUUGAGACCUAAAUUAUUUGUGGUUAAUAUAGAUUUAUUCUAGUGCAUAACCAGCACUCAGACGUCAGAACUGUUCUGAGUAAUUUCUCACUCUGAACCUUAAUACCACAGGGGCCUAUUUAUUGUGCCUAAACAAAGGACAUCUCGACUGCAGGCUUGAAGGGUUUUUUAUUGAAAAUGUCUACGGUCCAGUAGAUACUCAAAUACAGCUGUCAUGAAGAAAAGUACAGUAAAUACUUGAUUUAAAGUUCCCUGCUUCCCCUUUUUUUCUUCAGAAGUCAAGAAGAUACGAGUGACUGUAGAUCUUUAUGUUUAGGUUUUCCUCAACGUUUUCGCAGCUAUGUGAAUAUUAAGAGGUCACAGGUUGGUGGAUGAAAGAUAUUCUGUGCUGCUGUUAUUUUCACAUGGAGGCUGAGUAUUUAAGAAGCCUGUCCACUGUAUGGUUUUCGACUUUUCUUUUUUUUUUCUUUGUUUCGCACCGUUAGUGUGACUACUUGACCAUGAAAUCUUUUUGUCCAAAUUGAAUCGUCUGAUGCUGUCGGUAGAAUCAGCUUUUUUCGCUUUUAAUGAGACUCACUCUGCCCCUUCUACCUCUACCCAUCUUCAAGUCCAAUAUUCAAUAACAUAAGUUUUACAUCUGAAUUAAUAGAUUUCUAUCUAUCUUCUCAAUAAUAAGUCGAUUUCAAUUUGCCCCUGAAACGCGCCACUAAGUGUUAAGUAUUUUAUCUAGCAUGUAUAUCAGCAUUCUCUGUCUCGCUUUUCCCACUUGUUGCCGUACUAACAAUGAGCUUGUCGGCCUGUCAGUGACUUAUUAUACAGACUCACAAAUAGUGUACAUAUUUGUGGUCACCUUUGCGAGAAGAGUGUGUGUCCAUGAACACGAGUACUUCUGAUGAAGUGGACUGUUUUUGGUGGCUGGAUGACCAGUUUAGAGAUUUAAAAAAGUAAUCGGCUUAUUCUACUUAAAUGUUGAUUGCAUUAUUUACCCAGAAAACAUAAUAUCGGUGUGGGUCUGAUCAUGUGUUGUAAAAGGGCUCGGAGCAUGCAAGCGUUUACUUCCACGUUGUCAAACCAGGGGGAAUGCCCUUUAAUUAGUUUGGGUGUUUGGUGUGUGUGUGUGUGGGGGGGGGAGGGGGGGGGGCGUGCAUACUCCAGAUCAGUAAUGCCACAUGGUCUGACACCACACGUCAUUUUGCUACUAAAUCCAGGGAGUUGGGCAGGUUUAAGAAGAGUAAAAUAGGAUUCUUGACAUUUCAAAAGGCCGUUAAAGAAGCUGCUGUUUGGCUUCGGUGCCGGGUGUUUCCUUUUCUUACCCAAAUAUGCCAUACAUAUGGCAGAUGUACUUUAGCCAAAUUUGCCUUUGAAGUCAAAGUGAUACAUUACAUAUGUUCAGAAUGAAAUAUGUUUGUGCCGGUCACUUGAGUCAGGAUAAACUGUAAAGAAUCCAUAUAUCCAGUCAAACAGGAUUCACUCUAAAAGUAAACGAGCUGUACUAAGUAAAUUAUAUCUCUACAUUUUUAAAUGAUUGAAUCUAUGCAUUGUAUUCCUUAAUUUUAUGUUGCUAUUUUCCUUUUCAUUGAACUUAUGACAGAGAUAUUUUAUUGUAACAUAGCGCUGUGAGAUAUUAUGGUGUUGUUGUUGUCAAACCUAUAUGUUCCAGAUAGUUAUAUGGGAUAAAAAUGAAGUUUAUUUAGAGAAUAGAUGAUGCAGUGAUUAAUAUGCUACGCUUUUGUUAACUGACAAUGUUGUAUUUCUUGUAUUUAGCUACAGUUUUUAGAAAAUAGCAUCAAAAAGCAAAUUGCUGAAAAAAAUGUUAAGACAUGUUGAAUUUUUAAAACGGAAAACACAAUAUCUAGUCUGUCAGAGAAGUCCUACUCAGAAUGCAGUUUGUGGACCAAUUUUUGUAAUUUUCUGAGUAGAAAGAUAUUGCACUUUUACUUACUGUUAUGAUUAAGUGAUCCUCUUAACAAGAGGAAGAAUUCCCAUUACAUAUUUUAAAAUGAAAAUCUGUUACAUUGAAUUCAUAUACAGGAAUAAAUUGGAAUUUUGCUGUGUGAUUUGCAAUCAAUACAAAUAUGUAACUUGUUCAAUAUUAAUGUAUUACGACCUGAAUAAAUGUUCUUCUGUGUUAAA